AUGUCACAGGAUACUUCAGCAAUAGACUCCCUUCUAGGUCUUAACCUAGACCAACCAGCAGCUGACCAACCUUUACCAAAACCACGUAAACGUAUAAAUAAUUUAAAUGAAUCUCAUUUCCUAGGUAUAAAAGGUUUAUCAUAUAUCAAGAAAAAUCAAAAACAAAUUAGAUCAAAAUUGAAUCAUAAAGAUGAUUACAAGAAUUUAACAAAUUUAUUAAAUUUUUAUCAAUUAUGGGGGCAUUCAAUUUAUCCAAAGGCAAAUUUUAAAGAUUUUUUAGAUAUGACAGUUAAAGUUGGUUCGAAAUCAAAAUUAUUGAAAAGACAAAGACAAGAUUGGUUAAAUCAAGAGAUGGGUGUUGAAAAAUAUAGUUCCCUUAAGAAUGAAGGUUUGCAACAAGAUAUAGAUAACCCACAAGAUAGAGAUAAUGUGAAUAAUCAAGGGUCUGAUGAUGAAAUGAAUGAUAAUAAUAAUAAUGACGAUGAUGAUGAUGAUCAAGUGGUGAAGCAACGAUCAAAAGGUAAUAGAUUAUUUGUUGCUGAAGAUGAAAGUGACGAUGAUGAUGAUUUAUAUGCAGUUCCAAAGAGAAGAGUAGAGAAACUAUUGUCCCAGGGUGAUAAUGAAGAAAUAGGAAAAGAUACCAUAGCGAAAGAGAAUACAGAAGAUAAAGAAGAAGAAGAUAAACAAAAUAAAGACCCACACACCCAAAAGAAAGGUCUUCAAGAUUUCAAUGAUGAUUUUGAAGACGAUGAUGAUGAUGAUUUUGAUCAAAUUUUGGAAAAACCAGCACCACCACCACCAACGCAACACCAACCUGAGGAGGAUCCAGAUGCCGUGAUGAGAGAACUACAGCAGCCUCAACCUCAAGACGAAUACGAUGAAGAUGAAAUAGAGUAUGAAAUAAUGAGAGAAGCUGGAUUUUAA